AUGGGAGUUCUCACUGUCGUGUCAGCUGCUCCCAAGUAUGAAGAGCCAAGAGCACAGACCUACGAGGAUUGGCUUCUAAGCAACCCCGAGAAACGUCUCCCUGGUACUGUCUGUGCAGCAGAAGAUUCUGCUCUCCCCUUGCAAGGUGUCAUCGCCCACACAGCUGGGAAAUCCCUCCUGAUGUCUGACCUGGCCGCACCUCUCUGCGCUGGCUCUGAUAAGGGGUGCCUCGUCCUCCGUGGGGAAGCCGGCCCGGCCCUUCCCUCCUUCCCGCUGGAGCCAGGCCACGAGGGGCUGGGCUGCCGCUCCUCCUCCCAAGCCGCGGCCCCUGCGGCUCAAAGCAGACACAGAUUUUCCACCACCGCCCAUUCUGUCUCCUCCAGCCGGGCAGGGGCCCUCUCUUCCACUUUUUUGUUCCUCACUCACUCCACUCCUGUCUUUUUUUCAGGCCUAAAUGGUAACCCUGCAGAUCUGGAGAAACGUAAACAAGUAUUUGGAGAGAACCAGAUUCCCCCCAAAAAGCCCAAGACCUUCUUGGAGUUUUUGUGGGAAGCCCUUCAGGACGUCACGCUCAUCAUCCUGGAGAUCGCAGCCAUCAUCUCCCUGGUCCUGUCCUUUUACCGCCCCCCGGGGGGAAGAAAUGAGCUGUGUGGUCUAGCCGUCAGUAGCCCAGAGGACGAAGGGGAGGCGGAAGCUGGCUGGAUUGAGGGCGCAGCCAUCUUAUUCUCGGUGAUCAUCGUCGUGCUCGUGACUGCCUUCAAUGACUGGAGCAAGGAGAAGCAAUUCCGGGGGCUGCAGAACCGCAUCGAGAAGGAGCAGAAGUUCUCCGUUAUCCGGAAUGGGCACAUCAUUCAGCUCCCUGUGGCUGAGAUUGUGGUGGGUGACAUUGCCCAAAUCAAAUACGGUGACCUGCUGCCUGCAGACGGGAUCCUGAUCCAGGGCAACGACCUCAAGAUUGACGAGAGCUCUCUGACGGGGGAGUCGGACCAUGUCAAGAAGUCCUUGGAGAGGGACCCCAUGCUGCUCUCCGGGACCCAUGUAAUGGAAGGUUCUGGACGAAUGGUAGUGACUGCUGUGGGUAUCAACUCUCAGACUGGAAUCAUUUUUACCCUCUUGGGAGCCAGUGAGGGGGAAGAGGAAGAGAAGAAGAAGAAAGGUAAAAAACAAGGAGUCCCUGAAAAUCGCAACAAGGCAAAGACCCAAGAUGGAGUGGCCUUGGAAAUCCAGCCACUCAAUAGCCAGGAGGGGAUCGACAGUGAGGAAAAGAAGAAGGCCGCCAAACUGCCCAAAAAGGAGAAGUCCGUGCUGCAGGGCAAGCUGACCCGCCUGGCCGUCCAGAUUGGGAAAGCUGGCAUCAUCGACAGCACUGUCGGGGACCAGCGACAGGUGGUGGCUGUCACCGGUGACGGCACCAAUGACGGGCCGGCUCUGAAGAAAGCAGACGUUGGUUUUGCCAUGGGUAUUGCAGGCACAGACAUGGCAAAGGAGGCCUCCGACAUCAUCCUAACAGACGACUUCACCAGCAUCGUGAAGGUGGUGAUGUGGGGGCGGAACGUCUACGACAGCAUCUCCAAGUUCCUGCAGUUCCAGCUCACCGUCAACGUGGUGGCCGUGAUCGUGGCCUUCACUGGAGCCUGCAUCACCCAGGAUUCCCCACUGAAGGCUGUGCAGAUGUUGUGGGUUAAUCUAAUCAUGGACACCUUUGCCUCGCUGGCCCUGGCUACAGAGCCUCCUACAGACUCUCUGCUGAAGCGCCGGCCCUAGGGGCGCAAUAAGCCUCUGAUCUCGCGCACCAUGAUGAAGAACAUCCUGGGUCAUGCCGUCUAUCAGCUCACCGUCAUCUUUAUCCCUGUCUUUGCGGGUGAGCCACGGGGAGGUUGGGGAGGGUGGGGUGGGGGCCAGCGUGUGGAGUGCGAGAAGGAGAUGGGCAGAGAGGGGCCCGAGAGGAGGAGGGCCCAGGCUGAGUCAGCGGGGCAGGAGCACUUCGCGCACCUCUGUUCCCACGCCGUGGGCUGCGGAGAGGGUAACCGGGAGAAGGCGCCCGGCACCCCCGGGGGCAGGGAACCGCGCUCGGCCCAGAGCCCGGGGUGCCCGGUGCGCUCAGCCCCCGCAGGCCCGGGGCGGGGCAGCAGCCGGGCGUGGCCGCGGCGGAGGGGGCGCAGCGCGGACACGCCCCGGGCCCGCGGGGCGGGCGUGGGGAGCGGGGAGCCCCUCGGCCCCCGCCCGCGGCUCGAAGCGGCGGGCGCGCCCCGCGUGUCCCGGAGACGCCUCCGCGAGCCCGCCGGGGUUGACCCAGGACAAGGGGCGCCGAUUCUCUCUGGCUACUUCCUGCUGAACAGGGGCGGCGAGGGGUAG